GUGCCUCAUGUUGGACUUCCCCCCUCGCCGAGCUCUAUCGCGGAAUGUAGUGUUGACGUCGAACAAUGUUGCGGUGUCCUGAUGACGUAUCUCCGCCAGCCGAGUCAGUUCGUCAGCCUCGCGAAGCCACCGCAUACAUAGAGGCUUGACUCUCAAUACCAAGGUCUGCAACGAAAUCACGAAGUCACGGGAUCACGAGUCACGAAGCGCCACUCCAGCUACGCGAAGGCGUCGAUACGGUGGAUGCGAAGAUGACUCGCCUUGCUGACGUGCGGGGCAACAUCGAGUCCACGAUGCCUACCGCACGAAUACUCCACGACUUCUAAACCCCCACCGAAACCCACUAAUGUCGUCUGUCGAAGAAGCCGGCGUUGCGACGCGAACCCUCCAUGCGGCAUGCCACUGCCGCGCAUCAACGCUGUCGUUCACCAUUCCCGUCUCCAGUCUGCCGCUGCCAGUCCACUUCUGCCACUGCGGCGUCUGCCGUCGCUCGACCGGCGCGCUAUGUACUGCAGGCUCCAUCAUUCUAGAGCCAGUCAUCGACUUUUCCACCUUCACGGGACACAAAACCUCUGAGCACCUCACGCGCUGGUUCUGCUCGACAUGUGGGGCGCACAUGCUCGGCACCAUCCAGCUGGGCGAUGUAAGGAAGUGGUUCGUCUCCGCGCCCUCGGUUGAUGCAGAACAGGCGAUCUGGGACUUUGCUGGUCACGUGUUCGUCGGAAGUACGGGGGAUGGGGGGCUCGCGACGCUGCUGCCAAACAUAGGUGGGAAGGAGGUGCCGCUAUGGGAGACUUGGUCGGGCAAGAGCGCUCCAUGGCACUCAGCAGAACAUGAAGAGACUGUCGCUACCAAGGGUUCUGUUCAGGACCGCUUGCACGUGCAUUGCGACUGCAAAGGUCUCGAGUUCUACGUCUCCCGGCCGACGGGUGACGAGACGUUCACCGAGGUCGACGAAGACAACGUCCGCAAACACAAGGAGAAGUGGCUUGCCAUUCACGAUGUGUGCAACUCUUGUCGCCUGACGGUCUCGACUUGGGUUAUAUCCUGGUUCUUCCCGUCGCGCAAUCACAUCACCCUUGCUGAUGGCUCACCGUAUCCGGCAGACGGCAUCUUCGGUACUGCGAAAGCAUACAGUAGCUCCGCCGGAGUGGACAGAACGUUCUGUGGCAAGUGCGGGGCUGCAGCGACCUAUGUCUGUGAUGACAGGCCGCAUAUAGUCGAUGUAGCUGCGGCAUUGAUUGAUACUAAUGAUACCAGGGUAGAGGACUGGUUGGAGUGGAGGACUCAUAAGCUUGCGUGGGAAGAUGACGCUGUGUGGACGGAUGUGAGGGAUGCUCUGAAGCGGGGAUUAGAGGCGAACAAGUCGAGGACAUGACUGCAAUGGCCGACCACCACUCAAGCACGCGCGGAGGGAAAUGCCGCUAAAAAACGGCUGAUGCGGCUCUGUAUCGGAGAUGACAUUGUUCUGGAUCUCCAUGGGCGAGUUUUGGUCUGAUUGCAGCGCGUUUCACAUACCCGCAACCCACAUUCGGGGAAAUGAUUCACAUCUCGCUUACCGGCCACCCCCCGGUCACUACCCGUGCGAUCCACCCGUUCCGAGCCCUAUCAAAGGCUUGCUCCUCGAUCAAGUUCUUCUUGUUCAAUA